AUGGCGGCUGUCUCCACCUGUGCCUGCCCCACCCCACAGGCUGCUCCUGCAAAUGUGGGCGGGGCUUCUUCUCUGUCAGCAACACUUCUUGCGUCCCGCUUCCUGACUGUCCUGGUGGAGAGACGUGGUGUUUGGACCAAAGCAAAUGUAUCAGCAGCAGAAAGUUCUGUGACGGACACGUCGACUGUCCGGACCAAUCAGACGAGCAGGACUGUGAGUGGAAAUGAGACAAGUGUCAAAGAUGUCCAACCCCUGUUGGUGGUGGCCUUGACUCUCUUGCACUUCUCUUCAGGUGCCAAAACAAACUCUGGUGUGACAAAAGCCGGUGACCACCCCAAAAGUUCCAAAAAGGAAUCUGCUCCAGGAAAAGAUGCUGCAUCGUGUGACCUCCAGGUGUGCCACGGUCAUGGCAUGUGUGUCAGAGAAGGCAAAGUUACACGCUGCAAGUGUUCACAUGGAUACAAGGGCGAGUCUUGCCAAGAGGCAGAGAAACCAAGUCAGGUGGGCGUGGUCCUGGGGGUCCUCUGCCUGGUUGUCGCGCUGAUGGCAGGAGCCGUCAUCCUGGCGAAAAGGAGAGCCUGGACUCUGAGAAGCACAUCUACAGAGAAAGAAACUCUGAUGUCCAGCAUUGUCCUGUCUGAACCGUGCGACUCAGACUCUGAGGAUAUGGAGUCUCCAGUUGACACCACAAACCUGCCGCUGCCGUUAGUCUCUGCAGACGGAAUAGAUGCUGCUGAUUUUUAUUGCACGUGACUCCAGUAAAGCUUUGACUUGGAACUCGCUCUUUACUGCUGAUGCUUCAGGUUCUUUGGAUGUUGGCUUCUUUAAAAUCAUGUGUAACAUUUGGAGACUUGAUCAUGAACUUUAAAUGUGGCAUAAACUAUCAUCUGGUGCAAUAAAAGUGAUUCUGGAUCAA